CUGCACGGCCGGCCGGGAGGGCUGGGCGGGCGGGAGGGAGCAGCGGCGGCGGCUGGCGGCGGGGCUGGCCUGGGCUGAGCACCUCUAACUUGGAACUGUCCGCCGGCGUGAGCUCCUGAACAUGAGCCUCCUGCCUCUCUACCUGCUCGGAUUGCUCCUCAGUAGCGGGCAAGCUCUACUUCAAGUUACAAUUUCACUUAGCAAAGUAGAGCUCAGUGUGGGUGAAUCCAAAUUCUUCACAUGCACGGCCAUUGGUGAGCCUGACACCAUAGAUUGGUACAAUCCACAAGGAGAGAAGAUUGUUUCUAGUCAAAGAGUGGUUGUUCAGAAAGAAGGUGUUCGAUCACGUCUAACCAUUUAUAAUGCAAAUAUAGAAGAUGCUGGUAUAUAUCGGUGUCAAGCAACAGAUGCUAAAGGACAAACUCAAGAAGCUACCGUUGUUUUGGAAAUUUAUCAAAAGCUCACUUUUCGAGACAUAAUCUCUCCACAAGAGUUUAGGCAGGGAGAAGAUGCAGAAGUUGUUUGCCGUGUUACUAGUUCACCUGCUCCCAUUGUCAGCUGGUUAUAUCGGAAUGAGGAAGUCGCAACUCUUGCUGACAAUCGAUUUGCAGUAUUAGCAAACAAUAAUCUCCAAAUUCUUAACAUCAACAAAAGUGAUGAAGGAGCAUACCGAUGUGAAGGAAGAGUGGAAGCCAGAGGAGAAAUUGACUUCCGGGACAUAAUUGUUAUUGUGAAUGUUCCCCCUGCAAUUACUCUGCCACAGAAAUCCUUUAAUGCCACUGCAGAUCGAGGAGAGGCAAUAACUUUGUUCUGCAGAGCCACUGGAUCACCUCCACCAGAAAUAAGUUGGUAUAGGAAUGGCAAACUUAUUGAAGAAACUGAAAAAUAUAUGUUGAGAGGAAGCAAUACAGAACUAACAAUAAGAGAUAUAAAAAAUAUUGAUGCAGGUCCUUAUAUCUGUAAUGCUAAAAACAAAGCAGGAAAUGAUAAAAGACAGACAUUUCUUCAAGUUUUUGUACAGCCUCAAAUAAUACAACUUAAAAAUGAAACCACAUUUGAGAAUGGGAAAGCCACCCUCAUCUGUGAAGCAGAAGGAGAACCUAUCCCAGAGAUUACUUGGAAAAGGGCCACCGAUGGAAUAACUUUCUCUGAAGGUGACAAGAGCCCAGAUGGCCGUAUAGAAGUCAAAGGGCAGCAUGGAAAAUCGUCACUGCAUAUUAAAGAUGUGAAGUUGUCAGAUUCAGGGAGAUAUGACUGUGAAGCUGCAAGUAGAAUUGGUGGGCACCAAAAGAGCAUGUACCUUGAUAUUGAAUAUGCUCCAACAUUUGUGUCAAAUCAGACCAUGCAUUACUCUUGGGAAGGCAAUCCCAUCAAUAUAACAUGUGAAGUGCUAGCAAAUCCAUCUGCCAUAAUUCAGUGGAGGAGAGGAAAAUUAGUUCUACCUGUAAAAAAUACAACACAUCUGAAGACCUACAGUGCAGGAAGAAAGCUGAUUCUAGAGAUUGCUCCCACAUCUGACAGUGAUUUUGGACGGUAUAACUGUACAGCCACAAACAGAAUAGGAACAAGAUAUCAGGAGUAUACACUUGGUCAAGCUGAUGUGCCAUCAAAUCCUUAUGGAGUACGGAUUUUAGAGUUGUCACAAACCACUGCCAAAGUUUCAUUCAAUAAGCCAGAUUCACAUGGAGGUGUGCCCAUUCAUCAUUACCAAGUGGAUGUAAAAGAGGUAGCCUCAGAAACCUGGAAGAUAGUUCGCUCCCAUGGAGUUCAAACAAUGGUUGUUCUCAGCAAUUUGGAACCAAAUACGACAUAUGAAAUCAAGGUAGCUGCUGUAAAUGGAAAAGGGCAAGGAGAAUAUAGCAAAAUUGAGAUAUUUCAGACCUUACCUGUCCGGGAGCCAAGCCCCCCAUCAAUUCACGGACAACCAGGAAGUGGCAAGAGUUUUAAACUUAGCAUAACUAAACAAGAUGAUGGAGGCGCCCCCAUUUUGGAAUAUAUUGUGAAAUACAGAAGUAAAGAUAAGGAAGAUCAGUGGCUAGAGAAAAAAGUACAGGGUAGUAAAGACCACAUCAUCUUAGAGCAUCUUCAGUGGACCAUGGGUUAUGAAGUACAAAUUACAGCUGCCAACAGACUGGGUUUUUCUGAACCAACAUUGUACGAAUUCAGCAUGCCACCGAAGCCCAACAUUAUUACAGAUACUCUUUUUAACGGUCUUGGACUUCGUGCCGUCAUUGGCCUGGGAGUGGCAGCCCUUUUGUUAAUCCUUGUGGUGAUUGAUGUCAGCUGCUUCUUUUUACGACAAUGUGGAUUGCUAAUGUGCAUUACCAGGAGGAUUUGUGGGAAAAAGAGUGGUUCAAGUGGAAAAAGCAAAGAACUGGAAGAAGGAAAGGCUGCUUACCUGAAAGAUGGAUCAAAAGAGCCAAUAGUGGAAAUGAGAACAGAGGAUGAAAGAAUUACCAAUCAUGAAGAUGGAAGUCCAGUAAAUGAGCCAAACGAGACAACUCCCCUCACAGAACCAGAGAAGCUGCCACUAAAGGAAGAAAAUGGAAAAGAAGCUUUAAAUCCAGAAACCAUAGAAAUCAAAGUUGCUAAUGACAUCAUCCAGUCAAAAGAAGAUGAUAGCAAAGCAUAGAAAGAUAAACUACAGCUAUCUGGAUAAUACAUUUGGAUUGAAGCAACCCCAUGACCAAAACUUUACACUGACCUUAAUUUCUUGGGAAACUUAAGCUUGGAAUAGUUAGUACAUGUGUACAUAUGAUGAAACAGUUUCUGUCUACAGUUCCUUUCUAUUUUUUUGUUUUGUUUUGUUAAUGGUUUUAGUAUGUAGGUUUGCUGACACCAAGUCCCAUGGUAUACAUUUGAAAAAUCUUCAGAAUAAGAACUGUAAUUUAUUAUAUGAAAAAAGUAUGUCUAUUUAGAAGAAUACUUUGCAAAGCACCCCUAACCACACAUCAGGUCUCUGGAUCUUACAGUGCGAGCUACAUACAUAAAGUGCCAUAUAUUAUUGUAUUUGUUUCCAUUUAUAAUAAAGCAAAAGUUUAGGUUGCCUUUAAAAAAAAAGAAGUCUCAGUACAAUAUUUAAGACCUUGGCACUGGCAGACACUCAGUAGUCAUUCAAGCUGUGCAUAUCACUUGAAACAAAACAAAAUAAAAACCAGACCGUCUUCAACAGCACAGAGCCAGCUACACCUGCAGUUUCACCUGGGUUUUCUAGUACAAUAGCAAACAAAUGACAACCAUGAUGUACAGAUUUAAAACAAAAUGGCUGAAUUUUGUGGAAGUAUAUUGGUCUCAUCCUAACUAUGUGAGCAUAAUUCUGAAAGGCCCCAAGAUUUUCAGAAUGUCCAGUUUUCUAUAUUAAUGUUUGGAAGGUUGUAUGUAAACUGGAAUGCAGGAAAUGUGCAAAAAGUAAACUCGUUUUUGGUAACUUGUGGCUUCAAAUGAAACCUUAUAACACAAGCUCGCAUUAGUUUCCCCAAUGUAUUUAUUAUACAGUAUUCAUUCUUCUUUUAGUUACAACCAUUUAAUCAAGGGAUAAACUGUAUUUUAUGGUAGUAGAUAUAUUUUCACCACAAAUCAGUAUGUGAAAUAUUUAAACUUGAGCUUAUUAAAGAAGCACUUCUUACGUUAUGAUUUCAUAUCUUUUGUCAUAUCAAGAAACAAAAGAACAGAUGGUAAGAAGGACUUUGGCUAAAUGGUUAGUAACAUUUUAAAUUUUUAAUGAGUAACAUCUUGUAUGAGGCCAAAUAUAUAUAUUUUUUUUUCCUAUCAAGCACUCUUUAAGAUAAUCUUUUUUUAUUAUUCAGGCUAAUAUGCACUACUUGAAAAUUUGGCUAAUUUAUUUGAUGAAAAAUUCAUUCUUAUUAUUAUUGAUUUAAUGGUGUCACUAAUAUGAGUAAUACAUUUUGUUUCCAUUUCAGCACAGUGUAUCCACACCUACCAAAUUGUUCAAAUUCUUGCUUUGGAAAGAGUAGAUAAAUCAUAUAGGAUACUAGAGUAGAAAAUUUUACUUGGUGGGAUUAAAUUGUAGAGUACUUUUUGGAUUCUCCACAUCUAAGUCAUGAGGUUUAACUGUAGCCUUACUCGGCAAAUUAUGUCUUCUCCAUGCUAUAUCUAAAUUUAUCUCAUAUUUGCAGUACGUAAACUGCCUAAUUUCACAAAGAAUGUUAUCAACUCUUUGCUGAUAUUUUGUAGUAAUGGCAAAGUGUUUGACUUCUGUGCAGCAAAGCCAAAAUUGAAAAGUAAAAGAAUGUCUUUAAAUUUGGGGAAAAUGACAGGUUAACCUUCUUGUUAACCCAAUCAUUAGUGCUUUUGAAAGAGUUAAUGAGGACAUAGUUAAUUUAUGUAUCUUUCUUAUUUUUCAAUCCCAACUAAUAUUUUUUUUUCCCAACUUUUCCUUGCCUUGGGAAAAAAAGAUACAAUGAACCAAGUAUUGAAGACAGAGGCAUAAUGCUGGUGUGGCUAGGAUAAGAGGCCAAGUUCCCACAAAAAACAAAGCGAAAAGAAUGGGUUACAGCAAUGUAGGAUGAAAGUCAUGAAAGAGAACCAUUUAAAACUGCUGCAAAGAGGUCUCUUUCAAUGCUAAGGCACUACUUCUGGAUGAAAGAAAGAUGAAUAUACUCCCUUAUGGUCUCUCAUUGUUGCUACUAUGAACUGUGCAGGCAGUAUUACCAAGUAGCUCCUUGCCUGUUAAAUUUCUGUCCUGUUUCUUUCUGAGUAAGUACACAAUGAGCAGGACUGUCCCCUAAUCAAUAAUUAAGAAAAAUGGUUGUCUCGUUUAUGUAUGUGAAUAUAUAUUCUUUCUACAAAGUAUGUAUAUGCAACUGGGCUUUCUCCCUCCAUUGACAUGCAAGGAAGGGACCUGGAAUAUUGAAGUAGUUGAAUGCAGAUGGUGUGGCUUGAACCCACAUCAUCUCAUGCAGUAUUUUUACCAAGGUGAGGAUGAAGGUAGGAGACCUUCUUUCCUCUUCUAUCUGUCAAAACAAGUUUAGGUGAUGCUGUACAUACUCACAUAAGUCAAGGUUCAUUAGACAAACAGUGCUUUUUCUGAAGCCAGCACGGUUCCUGUGGGCAGGCCUAAUCCUUUCUAGGCUCAACUGUAGUUGUAUUUUCAAUUUUAGUCCUUUUUCUUCAGACUUAUACAAAAGACUUUCAUGGCCUAACAUCUAUAGGUUGGUCGGUGGUGGUGUUUUUUUUUUUUUGUUUGUUUUGUUUUGUUUUUUGGAGGGGGGAGUUGUUUAUUAUUUUUAUUAUUAUUUUUAAAUAUAUGGCUUCUAAUUAUAAUGUGAAAGGAUUGGAAGAUUUAAAAGGUCUCUUCAGCACAUUUAGUAUUAAUACUCCUGUCCUACUCUUCACAAGUUAAAUAUACAGCAAAAUUAUUCCAAUAAGGGAAGCAGAAGCAGUUCCCAGUAUAUUGGAUUACAAUAUAUUUAUUUUCUUCCUGCUGUAAUGUCUAUUGCCAAUUAGGCUGAGAAUUUAACAGUUCAAAAUUAUUGGCAUACUGCUCCAAGAAUGCCUUUUCAUCUGUGGACUAAUAUGUUAUCUCUUGUGUUUUGACUAUGAUGAAAAGAAAGAUGGCUUUUUAUGAAGAAAGCCAAACUAUAACUAUAACAGGAUGCUCAAAAACACUGAUAUUUGCAAGUAUUUCCAAAUGAGGGACAGUGCAUAGUAAUUUGUAAGGUAUGUGUAGAACUGGAGUAACAUCAUUUCUUUAUUUUUUCCUAAUCUAGACUAAAAAGAAAAGAAAAAAAAAAAAAAGGUAUCUGUAUAAGUGUCACUUUUACUGUCUAAAAGUAAUUUUAAGUGUUAGUAUGAAAUGUCAGAAGAGUUGGCAGAAUAUAACUACUUUUAAAAGUAAUCUGAAUGGUUAUACUAACAUACUCCAGGGAGAAGCAUGGGAGGGAGCUAUUGAAACUAUGGACAAAAUGGAAUGUGGCAGUGACAAUCCAUUCAACAAAAAAUAAGGAGUAAAAUUAAGCAAAAUGACUUAAAUCUUAUUAUUAUUAGUAGUAGUAGUAAAAAUACAUUCUGAUUUACCACAAUAGUAACAAAACAAUAAAAAAUUAAUGUUUUACAAUUUAGUAUACAGAUGUACUAUGGAGAGUUCUUGUUUUUUGUUCUGGUUUUCUUUCCUAUUUUAUUUUAUUUUAGUUUUUACUUAUAUGGUAUUUGUUUCUUUUUCUGGUUGCUUUUGUUGUUUUGUUUUUCGGUUGUUUUGUGGUUGCAGAAAUAUUUACGAUUCUGGUGAUGCUAAUGCCUAGCAUUAUAAUGUGACAAAGUUUAAUUUAUUUAGGCCUCAGUCUUGCAAGAAGUUUUGUGUGGCUGAACCCACUACUCGUAUGUAACCCUACUGGCACCAGUGGGGUCAGUGUGAGCAGGAGGAUGUCCUUUCACGUAAAAGCUUGCAGGAUUGGGUUGACAUAUCUCUUCAUAGAUAUAUACAACAUAUUUACACAGUGACAGUCAUAUACAAAGGCUGUUUGACAGCAGUCCGUGGUAUAGUAAAUUCCACCUGCUGUCUUCAGCCUCUGCAUUGAUGUUCAUCCAAAAAAGUGGAUUUCUUUUUAUGAUGGUAAUUAUUUAUUUAAGUGCCAAUCAUUAAACUGUAGUAUAAUAAUCACACCAUUUUUUCUGUUUCCUAGACCAGAUAAUGGAAAUGUAUUUGUGCCUUUUGAUAGCAUGCCACUCUACUUUAUUAAAGAAAAAAAAUCUUCAAUAAUUUGUCUACAAAGCCUGUUUAAAGUAUUUGAAAGCUUUAUCAUGACAUACUUUUCUGCUCAGAUAUGCUCAAAUACUCAUCUAAAGUAAACUGGAGAUAAUAUUUGCAAUUCACGUAAAUAUUUUAAACACAAAAUUUACUAUUGAGAUCACAAUUGUAGUGAGGGUUUUAUAUGGGUGUGUUACUGCUGAAAAUAUUCAAGUAGAUGGAGCACAUGGAGAGUAAGUAGGGGUGUUUUGAAGUUGACAAGUCAGAUAGAAAGUCUCCUUAGUUCUAUUUAGGCAGUUAGACCUCAAAUAUUAACAUCUUUGCUCAAAUCUGGAAGAUGAUGAGGAACAUCUUCCCACCAUUUUACCUCUGGAGUAAAACUGCAGUGAAUAUUUGUUUUGCAGCCAUUUAUGGCCUCACCAUCUCUGUGUAAACUGUCAUAGGAAGUAAUAAUAUCUUUGCUGAGUAAUGUUGUGUCUGCUGGGUGAUAUUUACUCCUGAUUAAAGAGCCUCCAAAAAAAUUUGACUGAAAAUGUCAAGACCCUACUUAGUCCAGUUAAUUUAUGGAGGGGUGCAGAGAAUGCUACAAGAAGGGCCCCAGAAGAGCUCAAGUCUCACUGGGGUUUAGGACAAAAACUUAUUUCAGUGGGGCCUGAAUUUCAUCCCCUCAUCUCAGUGAGGCUCCACAUGUCCUCAUCCCAUCACAUCACCUUUGUGAGCGGACACCUUGGUGUGAGUGGAAUUUAAAUGUCUUGAUAGGCUCCUGCUAACAUUUUGCACAGGGAAGGCUUGUCUAUCAGGAGUUUGCAGUGAUCAGAAAGCAUGGAUAAAGAUAUCUGAUCAUGGUUUUAUCCCAUACAUUAGUAUGUGCCCAGAAUUAAGUAAAACAUCCCUCUAAUUAAUUCACUGUGGUUGCAAUACUUUAGGUAAAGAUGAAAACAUUCUAGGAAGUAUUGUCUCUUCUUAAAUCAGUUUGUUUAACUUCAGAUAGUUGUGCUGAUCCAUGCAAAGCUACCAUAGUUAAAUGAUUUAAAAAAAAAAAAAUGGUUCUAUCCCCUUUUUCAGUUUUUUUCGUAUUAUUUCCUGGAGUACCCAAUCCACUUGACAGCAGAGCUGUAGUGGUAGGGGAAAAUACUCACUAAACUUUAAGUGAUCUUCAAUAUUUCUACUCAACAUAUAAAUGUGUUCUUAAAUCAUUUCAUUUGAACCUGAACCAGAAAGAAACCUUUCUACUACAAAUUUGACUUUGGACCAGGUUCUGAGAAGUCACAGUUUACUUGUCUCCCUCUCCUCUUAACAGGCAUUGUGAACUUCAUGAUGUUUGACUUUCAAACUUGAAUAUUGGCCAUUUUUAGCCCAGAGAAAUUAAAUAGAUAUUUAUUGCCAAAUUUAUAUUGGCAGUUUUACGUCACAGGUGAGAUUGGGAGUGGGCAAGAUGACCAGCUGCAGUGCUGGCAGAAUUAAGGAAAGCUACCAAAGAGAGAACAGGUGCAAGAGAGUGAGCUGUGAGAGUGCUCAAAAACUGGGAGAUCCUAUAGUUAGUAGUGGGGAAAGGAAAGUCGGGAGCUACUAAAAGAAGAGAGGCUGCUGCAGACUGUGAGAACUAGAGAAUGGGCAGUGUAACUAGAGAAUGGGAUGCAGUCCUACUGCAUCCUUCAGGUCUGCUGUGUAAGUAGGCUGCAUUUUUAAAUCUAAAAUGUAGGGUUCAGAAAAGAGGAAAGAAGCCCUUGGGGUCUCUACAGGUUGGUGACAGACAUAUAAAGCAAUCAGAUUCCCCAUGAAGAUAAAUUUCUUUGCUCAUGGUGUAAAGUUCUCACAAAGAAUUUUGAGCAAAGAAUUUUGACAAGAUUAAAAAAAAAAAAAAAAAAGCUUUCCUGCUACAAUGAGCACUCAGUAUGUAUUUGUAUGCUGUGUACAGUAUAAGCUAAAGCAUACCAUAUAUUGUUUUUGUUAUUCCACAUGUUGUUAACAGCCCACUUGCGAUAUAUACCACCUGAAUUAUAUAUUGAUAAGUUAGCUACCACCGGAGCUAGUUUGUUUAUUGUUUCAAAACCUUAUGUCCCUAUGAAAUGCUGUGUAUAUAUAUAUAUCUCUAUACUGUAAAAAGAAGUAAUAUCGCAGAUGAUGGUUUUGUAUUUAUGAAAGACAUUGAAAGUAUGGCUUAAAGUAUAUCAAUUAUUUGUCACUCUUCACCAUUUGUAUAUUAAUAGUAAAGAUACUUUUACUUUAAUGAA